AUUACAUUAUCUAAGAAACCGAUGCUUAAAAAGCCAAGUACCGAAUGGAACGACUACUGCCGUAAACUUUCAGCCAUAAAGAAGAAGUCUAACAGAGAGGUUCUCUGCACUGAUUGCUGGAUGAUCCUGAACUAUGAGCAGAGAGGCAAGCACAACUCCAAAUUUCCUGAACAUAAGCCCAGCAUUCUUACUUCAUCCCAGUUUGCGAGUGAAAUCCAGUUUUACCACAUUGCCUUCGCUAACAAUAAAGUUGUUGAGAAGAGCAAAGGAGUAAAGCUAGUUAUUCAGCCGUGCUUGUUUGACCCAAAGAAAGGAUCUGGACACAUGCAAAUGAUUGAGGAACUCUGCAAGGAAAUGCAUUCUUCACCAUCUUAUGAGAGUGCAAGCGAGAAUCUGUGUGAGUCUGGUCACCAGAACGAUAUUGCCAACAAAGACUCAGCUGAGUCUGCUACCAAAUGCGAAGUCAUUAACUCUCAGUUAGACCAAGAAACUGCAAGAGUAAGUUCGAUUGAUUGCCAUCUGAAUCAAAUGAUCUCGGACUUGUGUUUGUUCGAGUCUGCGGCUUAUAGCCAAAUAUUCUGGAGCUUCAACCAAUGUGUCCCGAACUACUCUCCUAUGUAUCAUCAAACCCAAGUGUCUUCGACUCUGAACAAAGCAAGGAAAAAUUCUGACGCUGACUCGUUGUGCAACUCAGUAUCGGCUGCUACCUCAGACCACCAGAGUCCAACUGAUGCUUCUGGCAGAAGUUCACCUGCACUAAAGAGCAAGCGUACUGCUUUCACGAUAGUCAAGCCCAGAUGCAAAGAGAACGCUCAUGAGGCCUUUCAGAGGCCUGCAGCUCUGCCAAGCCUCAACUGUGUUUCUGGAACACUGAACAACUUUUAA